CUUGCCUACUGGCAUUUCCUUUCUUUUUUUUAUUUCUUUUAUAAUCAAAAAUGACAGUCGAGCCACGCAAAGUUUAUUUAUGUGGCAUUUGUACUAUGCCUUUAGAAUAUUGUGAAUUCAGUGGAACACAAGAAAAGUGCAAGUUAUGGUUAAGGGAGCAUGACGAAGACAAGUACAACGAGGUCUAUGGUAUCAAAGGUAUAACAGAAGGUAUGGAAAAUACAAGUUUAGAGGAAGAAAGUAAUGGAAAGGAUACUCGAACGAUUGUCAAGGAUAAAUCAGCUAAACUUGAAGCUAAACUGGAACGUGAGAUCAAAAAGAAGAUGGCAUCACGUGUUUUGAUCAAACGUAACGAAAGAAACAAGAGAAAGUGUGUCACUACGAUUCACGGCUUGGAUAUUUUUGGAGUUGAUUUGAAAAAGGCAGCCAAGAUGUUUGCCAAUCGAUUUGCCUGUGGUUCUUCCGUUGCAAAGAAUAACCAAGGUCAAGAUGAAAUUGUAGUUCAGGGGGACUUUAGUGAUGACAUCUACAAUAUCAUCUUGACCCAUUGGCCCAAUGUACCUGAAGAGAAUAUUGACAAGAUCGAGGAGAAGAAGAAGAAGAAAACCGAGCCAUAAGGAGAUUUAUUUUUAAUUUGAAUUGUGCAACCAUUUUGUCUUUUUACAAAAAACAAUAAAAAAUCUAUUCUUUU